AGCAAAAACUGAAUUCCUCACCUGUGAGAAAUCAAGUUUCAGUAACUUUGAAUAAUCUUUGUGAAAUAAGGAAGAGUGAAAACAGAUAUCUUUGGAGCUCCACGGGAGAUACCAGCCCUUUCAGAAUGGAUGGCAAACAGCAACAGCAGCAUGCUGUGGAUGUUGAACAACACCCGACUGAGUUGUUACCCAGAAAUCCCUAUGGUUCAAACGAAGGAACACAUUGUGGUUGUAGAUUGCCUGUUGUGACCUUACAGCCGCAGUGGGCAACAGCAAAGCCAUGGUCGCCCUGGAAAGUGUUUCUGCUGUGUCUCCUGGCCUGUCUCAUUGCCGCAGCCCUUGUUGUUCUGCUCUUCUAUUUUGUCCACUUGGGCAAGCCCGCGGCCGGCACCACCAUCGUCAUUCAUGCCGACGGCAAGUCCAGUCACGUCACCUGCAUUCCUGGUGCUGCCCCAUCUCCGGGCCCAUCCUCCCUGCCUGUAUCCCAGAGCGCUCCGCCUCCUACCCUGGGGACCAACUACAGCUCCUCCACCCCGGGGCUCCCAGCUCCUACGGAGAUGACUAUGAGCUCAACGUUGGCCCACGAAGUUGAAAUUGAAGAUGAAUGACAUUUGGGGGGUGUCGUCAGCCCUCCUCAAGCCAGACCCACCCACUGAUCCUGAACGAGGCAUGUCCAAGGUAUUCUCCCCUCCAGUCGAGAGGUUCCAAAGCAUUUAGCUUUAUGAGACUUGCCCUCUUGCUCAUUCAUUUGCUGUGUUCCAUAUGAGAAUGAUACCAGUGUUCUCAGUCAAGGACCCUCAAAUCUUCAAAUGAUUGGAAAAGAAAAAUUUCAACUGAGCGCAGUUGAUUCAUCCUGACUAGGGCCUAGAGUUUCUUUUCAUCCUGUAAAAUCCAUCUUAAUUUUAUUAAUGAGGAUUUCAACUGCUGGAGAAGCUGUCGGCCUCCUGUAUGUUGGCUCUCAAGCCAGUAUUUACCAUCCAGUUAUUGAUUAUUUCCCAAUCUCAUACACUUGACUCUUCUCAGUAUUUAUAUUCCAGUAGGGAAAUAAGGAAGUGUUCAAUUAAUGUGGUUAACGAACAUAAAUUAUUAGGGAACUAUUCAUCAUUACAGAAGUUUUCCUACUAUUGGGGGGAAAGGAGGGCUGAUCAAUGAGGUUAGAAAUGAUAAAGAUAGGUUUCAGAGAAGGGCUGGAAGUUAAACAAAGGUGGAAGUUUAAGGGGAGAUCAUUAAAACAGAAAAUGAGAGGGCUAAGGGGAUUUGAUAGAUUUAAAAUCUAAAACAUGCUUCGAAACACUUCAACUGUAACAGAUGGUGUAUUUUCUCUAUACUUUUUUCUGAUAGUGUCAAUAUUAUUCUCUGUACUUGAUAUUUUGCUUAAAGUAUUAUAACCUGCUGCUUAUAAAAUUUGAACUUUUA